AUGGAUUUUAUAUCAAAUAUCGGAAACAAGCGCAACAGCAGAAAAACGAGCAGUCGACGGCCUUAUACCAGAAGAACUUCUGUUUCUUCUAUCUCAAGUCUUCCAGGCGCUAACUUGAGUAAUACUAACCUGAUAAAAAAAGAAAAAAAAGAGAAAACACUACAAGCCUUGAACAGGCUAGAUGCCCUUAACUCAUCUAAAGAUACCCCAGAUCUUUCACGCAAAACAAACAGCUUGUGGAUCAACACAUCAGACCUGUAUGGUCUGAAUGGUGAAACAACACUUGUUGAAGCAGGCGAAGAUUUAUUUUCAGAAGUCGCAAAACAGUUGGAUUUGAAUGUAGAACAAGUAGCUAGCUUAUCGGAUGAGCGAUCGCCUAUUACACCUACAAGCAAACCAAACUCUAAAAGACCAAGCAAAACAAAAGUGGCUCGCAGCCAUAACGAUGCGACAAAAGAGAUCAAAAAGACUUCGACAAAUCCACCAGCCAAUUACGUCAAAAUCUUGAAACAGAAACAAAAAGCAAUUACAUAUGAACUAAUGUUGGAAGUAUCGUAUUAUAUUCGUACUUCGGAUAGCUGGUUAGAACGUUUCAUCGAGGAUGGCGGCAUGCAGAUUAUUGCAAAGGAGCUGGGUAUAAUUCAGAAGAAACAAAAUAGAACACAAAACGACCACAAGAUAGAAUUAGAAAUACUGAAAUGUUUGAAUACACUCAUGAACAAGAAAUCCGGUCUUCAAGAAGCCUUCAAACAUUCACGCAUAAUAGAUAACUUUUGUAUCUCACUUGUAUCACCUUAUAUACCUGCAAGAACGCAAGCAUGUGAAUCGCUCACUGCUUUUUGCUUUUUACCAAACGGAAGAGCCAUGGUGUUGCGUGGUAUGGAACUAUUAAAGCAAUACGGCCCUGAUUUUGGCCGUUUUGAUGCCUGGAUGCAGGCACUUGAGAAAACAUUGGACGGAAGAGGUAAAAUGGGCUCGGCUGUGGGCGCUAGUAAUGAUCUCAAAAUGACGGGCAUGGUGGGUGCAGGUGAUGCUCAAAUCACUCAAUACAUGUUUAUCAGUGUCCUGUUUAUCAAUACGCUUGUAAGGCCAGAUAUUGUAGAGGACAGAAAGGAACGAAUCAUGCUGAGCUUAGAAUUAGAACAAGCUGGCAUAAAGAAUGUGUUUCAAAAGAUGGAGUUGCUAAACCAUGAACAUAUCAGCUUGGCAAUACAAAAGUUUCAAGAUGAAAUUGAAGCUGAUACAAUUCAAGAGGAUAUGGAAGUAUAUUAUAGCUUAGACCCACUGAAUGUCCUGGAAAUGCUGAUUGCAAAGACACAAGAUACACCUGCUUAUCAGAGCCUUCAUAAUAUUCUCUGUUAUUUACUCAAAAUUCAAGAUAGUCCUGAAAAAAGUAAUUAUCAGUAUCAGUUGAUUGAGAUGUUAGUUCAACAAGUUGCCUUGGAUCAGAACAAUUAUUACCCUGAUGAUAUCUCGAAUGUUUCCGAAUUUACUGUACAUAGUUUGAUUCCCAAAUUCACAAAUGCCUUAGCAGAAGAAGAAGAGGACGAAGAUAACAUCAGCAAAAGAAAAGUGCAGAUUGAUGGUUCUGAAGAUGUGGUUGGCUCCUUGGAAGCAAAAAUUGACUAUCUUGAAAAAGAAUUGAGUUUAUCAAAACAAACUAAUGCCAUGCUCAAGAUUUUCUUCAAGAGCACAGAGGAACGUUACAAAUCUGAAUUAUUGGACACUGAAACCAAAAUGCGUAAAUUACAUGACUCUGUACGCAACUUGACAGAAUACGGUAACCCAUCUCCUAAACGGCGUAGCUUUAAAUCACUACCGCCUUCUCAACAAGCACAACAAGCACAACAAGCGCAGCAGCCACAGCCGCAGACACUUUCGAGAAGAUCAACCGUGACAGCUGCUGGAUCAACUCAUACUACAAAAAGAAAACCAAUGAGCGACAAUCCUCUGCGUAGUUCUUGGACUGCACCUGCUCCUGAAAGUCCACCUACUAAACCAACAGCGGCUCCGCCUUCUUCUUCAAGAGCCUCAACGCCUCUUCCACAACAGCCAGGUGCUGGUACUUCAGACACACUACGACAAUCCCUUCGAACCAAGAUUGGAAGUUUUGUGCGUAGAACGAGCAAUGAUCCAGUGGGAACAACAGCAACAACAACAGCAGCAGUAGUAAAAACAACGAAACCAAGAGGGAACUCUGUUGAUUCAACAUCCAGUUCAGUUAGCAGUAAUUGUAAUAAUGUACCAUCGCAGCAAAAGAGACGAUCUAUCACGAAAUCUCCAAGCCUCGCAGGCAGUCGAAAGAAUUCUAGAUCAAGUGCAAGUGGAAUAAAAGAAAAAGAGACUACUCAACCAGUUUCAUGCGCCCAGAGAACACGCAGGUCGAUUAACGAAGGAGCUAUCAUGGGAGAAAAUACGAAUAGCAGUAGCACGAACAGUAGCAGGAAAAGCAACACACCUAGGUCUUCUUCAGCUAUUGUUCCCAAAUCAAAUCAUGAUAAUAAGGAAACUACAACACGAAAAUCAUCGUUGCCUGCAUUUACUGUAUUGGUAGAUGGCGAAUUAGCAGCAUCUCCCAUGUUUAAUCAAUUAGAAGAAUACAUAUUUCCAGCAUCAGCAACAACACCUGCCACUAUCGCACCUUCUGAUCCUGCAACUAAAUCUGUAUUGUCGGAGCCUGAGCCUGAUUCACAAUCCAAUGCGCCAGAGUUUAUAUCAGAUAAGCCUGAGUCUUCGCUUGAAUCUUUACAUGAAUCUCCUGAACCAUUGGCUGAAUCAACUGAAACAGAAAAUCAACUCAGCGAAUCCUUGAGGCCCUCACUUGAGACUGUACCUGAAUCAUUGGAACUAGAAAAUCAAUCAAGUGAUUCUUUAAAAACCUCUCUUGAGCCUGUCCCUAAAUCCACCGAGUCAGUUGAAACAGUUAACCAGCCUGCCGAAUCUUUAAAGACCUCACUUGAACCUGUGCUUGAAUUUACGGAAUCGGAAUCAGAGGCUUUGCCUGACAUUAAGGAGGAAUUUAUACCAACACCAGCACCGACACCGGAACCAUCAUUAUCAGCACCUGCUACACCAGCGCCGCCUCCACCUCCUCCGCCUCCUCCGCCUCCUCCACCUCCUCCACCUCCUCCACCUCCUCCACCUCCACCUCCACCAGCUCCCAUGAAUUCAACACCAAUUAAAAAAAUCUCGGCAUCUAAUUCAUCCAAUACACCAGCUGAUAACAACACCUCUUCUGAAGCAUCCAAUACUUCUCCUCCAUUACCACCUGUUUUUCUUGGUGCUGUUGGACGAAAACCAAGUGCAUUCCAAGCAAAACAAAAACUCAAAUUCGUAGAAUGGGAAAAGAUGAACUUUGCCAAUAUUCAAGAGACCAUCUGGAAUGAAUUCGAGAGAGACAUUGAAUUAUCGCUACAUAAACAAAUUGACUCUGCCGAUUCUAUUAUGGAAUAUCAACUUGCUAAAGCAGGUGUGUUUGAUGAUGUUGAACUGACUUUUGCACAAAGACCUGCUGUUGAAAUCAAGUCAAAGCCAUUAAAAGAAGAAACGCAUAUCUUGGAUACAAAGAAAUCCUAUAACCUCAAUAUUUUUAUCAAGAACAUUGUGAAGAAAAUACCAUUUGAUGAGAUUCGAUAUAGUUUCUUGCAACUUCAUCCGUAUUUUAUGGAUGAGCAAAUCAUCUUGAAUUUACUUAAAUAUUUACCCACUGAGGAUGAAGCAGUCAAACUCUCUGCUUACGAAGAUGCUCCUUUGGAAGAAGUGGAAAAACUUGGUGUGCCAGAAAAGUUUUGUUUACAGAUGAUGAAAGUUAGCCGACUAAAGGAGAGAUUGGAAUGCAUGUUGUUCAAAUCUACCUUUUUGGAAAGAUACACUGUUCUUCAUAAGCAAAUGACUUCUGUAUACAAUGCUUCUUUAGCUUUAAGAGAUGCAAAACACUUUAAAGAACUAUUACAUUUGGUGCUCUUACUAGGUAACUUUCUGAACGGAAACACUUACCGAGGCGGUGCUUUUGGCAUCAAGAUCGCUAGUAUAAAUAAGUUGAUUGAUACCAAAGGCACUUCAAAAUCCACGACACUUUUACACUUUUUAGUUGAUGCUGUUGAAAAGAACUUUCCUUCCGUUCUUGCUUUUCUGGAAGAAUUGGAUGAAUGUGGGUUAGCUUCAAAAGUCUCUCGAUCCGAAAUGGCAAUUGAGUAUCAAAACUUCGAGUUACAAUUGAGUAAACUUGAAGUCGAGUUACGUGACCAUUAUCCAAUUAAUGAGGAAGAAGAAGUGGUUGAGCUAGACAAGUUUGCUACGACCAUGCACCAAUUUUUCAAAGAAGCAAGCACAGAAUUCAAACGUAUCUGUAUGCUCUCAAAAAAAAUGGACGAGAGCUAUGAACAUGCUGUUCGAUUCUAUGGUGAAGAUCCUAAAAAGAUCCAACCAGAUGAAUUCUUUGGUAUCUUUAAAGAAUUCACGACCAGCUGGGAAAAAUGUUCGGCUGAUUCAAGAGAGCAUAAGCUUAAACAAGAUCGUAUUGAGAAGCAAAAGAAACGUGAACAAGAAAGAAGGAAGCGAGCCAACAGUAAUGCGGGUGCCAAAACCAAGAAUCCAAACACAGAAGACGAUAAGGCUAUUCUUCAUAGUUUGUUGGAUAAAUUGAAAAAGGAUACAUUGGAUGUGAAGGUCAGAAGAAGAAGUGACAGAAGAACACGGCAGAGAUCAACCAGUGUCAGCCAACAACAACUUCAACAGUCAUUCUCUACUCAACAGCCUAAUAUUGAUUCAAUCUACUUGAAGGCAAACAAGAUGUUACGUAACAUUCAAGGUGAAAAUAGCUCUAGUUUGUUGGUAGAUGGAGGAGGAUCCAGUCCAACUAUAUUUGAUUUUGGACACCAUACACAUCACUUGCACAAUAAUAUGGAUAAAUUGCAUGGAGGAAGAAGACGUAUGAGUGCCUCUGUAGCUAUUAUGCCUUCUUUUAAACCCAUGCUGUAUGAUGUAGAAGCAACAGACAGUCCUACAGUUGCAACACCUUCUACCUCUCUUUUGGAUGCAUCUAAUGCUAUUCCUGAAGAAACAAGAUCAUCCUUGUUAAGCACACGACGCCACGCUAGACCAUUAUCAGCCAUUGUCAUACCCAAACCAAGUACAUCAUCCCAAUCACAUUCUUCCAAUCCUACGCCAACGACUACCACUGCUCAAAGAACAGUCAGAAUAAGAAAGACAAGCAAGAGACCCAUCUUUGACCAUUCACUCAGAGUCAGAGCUAGAAGAAUGAGUACAAGAUAA